GAAGCGGUGUCGUUUGGCUAAGGUCUUAGACGAAAUUAGUUUCUAAAAAGAAAAAAGGCACAAAAAGAAGAAACUAGAAAAAAAAGCACAAAAAGGUAGGGGAAGAUCAACGAUGGGGUACGUAUUGAGGGUGAGAUUGGCUUCAUUCUUCACGGGGGCUGCGACGGCGUCGUUUCUGGGUUUCUACAUCCUCUACAAGGAUUACAAGGUUGCCCAUGAAUCCAUCACCCAACAGGUGAAAAGUCUUCAUAAGUCCCUGGAUAGACGAAUCUUUGCUUUGGAAAGUUUGAAACAAGCUGAAACAUCACAACAUGUGGAAGCAACUGAAUAGGUCCUUUAUGGUGUCUAACCACCAGUACAUAGAUCAUCGCACAAAGCAAUGCCACGGAGACCACCACAGCAAUGGUUACCCCAGCCAGCACCCUUCCGCUGCUGUUGCCUUUUCUAUGUUCCUGACAAAAACCAGUUUCAUCACCUAGCGGUCAAAGUUCUGGGUUUUCGACAAAAGAUCCAGGAUAUGAAGCUAUGAUCCUCAUCCAAGCAGAUGGUAAUUUUCCUGUUAGGUGCUUGAAUGAUAUAUUCUCGAAGUAGAAGCAGAUCAUGUUGUUCAUAUCUGUUGGUAUCUCACCAGAGAAACUGUUGCUUGAGAGAUCAAGAUCUGUAACUUGUCUUGUUUGCCAAGGCAUGCAGGGAUUUCACCAGAGAGCCUGUUGUUGCUUAAAUUAAGGACUGAACUGAAAUGGUGAAGGUUACUCAAACUGCAUGGAAUGAGACCUUGAAGAAUGUUACCUCCAAGCUGCAAUUCAAAUAGACUUUGGAGGGAAGAAAAAGAAUCAGGAAUACGUCCAAUGAGUUUAUUCUCUUGGAGUUGAAGGUUUUGCAAUUUGGGCAAUGAUAGUAUUUCUGAAGGAAUACUUCCUGAAAGAUAAUUGGCGCUAAGGUUCAGUUUGAUGAUCUUUUUGCAAUGACCCAACUCCGAGGGAAUGCUUCCUGUAAGUCUAUUAGAAGAAACCCUUAAAAUUUGUUGAUUUUCAAGCUUCCCAAGCUCUGGAGGUAUAGAGCCUGAGAGCCUAUUCCGUGAGAAAUCAAGCAUUCAAAGAUUGGUCCAGUGACCAAACACCGGGGGAAUCUUCCCUUCAAGCAAGUUUCCCUGGACCUCCAAGAAGAAAACUCCAGCGUUCUCUUCCAAAUCUUCUGGUAUAGGUCCUUGCAGAAGAUUGUUACUAAGGACCACCCUCCUAAGGGAUGAGCAUUUUCCAAUGCCCACUUUAACGGCUGUUCCAAAUGGCCAAAACUGAAAAAUUAACCCCAGCACAUAUUCUGCAAGGAAUUGAUCCGUUAAGGCGGUUCCCCGAUAAAUCCAAUCUGACCAGAGAAGGAGAACUUUUCCUAAGCUCAAAUUGCACCUCUCCAAUGAGAUCAUUCUGAGCCACGGAUAGAAAUCUCAAUUUCUUUAAAUGAACAAUUUCAGAUGGGAUUCCACCAGUCAAACUGUUGUUGUACAAAGCCAACCGCACCAGGUUGCUCAUCCUACCAAUUUCUUGUGGAAUGUGACCUUCAAUAUGAUUGUUGAAUAGAAAAAGAACCUCAAGAUUUUUGAGAUUGCAAAUUUCUGGAGGGAUACUUACUCCAAUGAAGUUAUGCUGAAGCCUAAGCUCGACAAGUGAAAUGCAGUUUCCAAGCCCGGAAGGUCAAGAGCCGUUAAGAAUGUUAUUGAAAAUAAAUAAAUUAGUUAAACCUGUAAGAUUUCCUAUUGACUGAGGAAUGCGACCAACCAGAUUAUUACCUGAAAGAACAAUAACCACUAGCUGAUUGCAUUGAGCAAUCCUCUCAGAAAUAGUUCCAUUAAGCUUGUUCCCUGAGAGAAUAAGCUCUUGUAAGUUUUCCAGACUCCAGAAAGUGUCUGGAAUUUCCCCCUUGAGGUUUUCAUCAAGAUACAGAACUUCAAGUUGCAAAAGGCCUUAAAAGUUUCUGGUGGAAUGCCCCAUUUGAAAUUAUUGUAGGAUGCUAUAAACAUAGUAAGGUUGUGGCAGUUUGCAAGGGUUCGUGGCAAAGAACUCGAAAAUUCAUUCUCGUGAACCCAAAGACAAAAAAUUCGACAUGAAGGUGGGAAAUCAGGUAAUGAACCAGUUAGGUAAUUCGUGUUCAAAUAGAGGAACUUCAAAUUUUGAAGAGAAAAAAUUUCACUUGGAAUCUCUCCACUUAGAAAAUUGUUAUAUAGUCCAAUAUAUUCUAAAGAGGUGAAAAGUCUCACCUCAGGGGAAUUUCACCAGAGAAGCAGUUAUGGCCCUAGUCAAUCCUUCUGAGCCACUUCGACAUGAAAAUUUGAUGAGGGAUUAACCCUUCCAAGCCAUUAUCAUUGAGAAGAAUGGUAUUGUGUUGGCCACAGUUUCCCAGCAUUUGAGGUACGUUACCACUGAAACUGUUGCCACUGAGGUGAAGAGAGAGCAUUCGCUUGUGGAGGCAGGGAUAAGGGACAGAGUUGUUUAAUAUACCGGAUAGCCUAAAACCUAAUAGAUUCAAGGUUCUGACCUGAAAACUCUUUUCGAUGCAGCAAGACACACCUGCCCAUUGGCAAUGAGACUUUGGGGUAUUGGAUUGAUUCCAAGGUAACAAAAGUUGAGUGUGUUUUGGGAGGCUGUCAAGGAACUGGAGAAGGUAAAUUGCAGGAGAUAAAGAGGCUUAUGAAACUAGGAUGGGAAUGAGUGAGAAGAUAACAUGAUACUGGAAUAACAACACCAUGUUCUUAUUAAACAUGCAUUCAACUUCUGUUGGUGAAAUUGAUUUGACUGUCUUGGAUUGUAUUCUUUUAAUCCACUAAUGUUUUGACGUUUUUUUGUUAAACUGCUUUUAAGGGUGACGUGGGUGCUGUAGGUGGCAGCACAUGUAUGCUGAAACAAGUUCCAAUAUGUCUGGUUGUUUCCUCUUGGAUUACAGCGUGUAAAAAUUACAGCACUUGUACUCAAAGAAAAGCUGCUACCAGGGGCUAUUUUGACAAAG